CCUUUACCUAAAGAAAUGGUCCAGUAUGCACGAGAGGACACUCAUUACUCUUUGUACAUUUAUGACAAAAUGAGAGUGGAGUUACUGGAAAAUGGAAAUGAACAACCAAACCUUCUUUUGAUGGUCUGGCAGAAGAGCAAGGAGCUUUGUCUUAAGAAAUACACAAAACCAAUAUUUACAGAGACAUCCUAUAUGGACCUGUACAGGAAGAUGAAGCGACAAUUCAAUGAACAAGAACUAACAGCUUUCAAAUUGUUGUAUGCUUGGCGAGACCGGAUGGCAAGAACUCAGGAUGAAAGUGUGGGGUAUGUCCUUCCUAACCACAUGAUGCUUAAAAUAGCUGAAGAACUACCAAAAGAGCCUCCUGGAAUUUUGGCUUGCUGUAAUCCUGUCCCUCCCCUGGUUCGACAACAAAUCAAUGAACUUUUACAGCUAAUUUAUCAGGCGAGAGAGGUGCCAUUGAUUAAGUCAGAUACACCAGGGAGUGAAAAAAAGAAAGGCCCAGCCUUCAGACCUGAAAAGAGAGAAAAUCCUUUAUUUGGUCCACAUGAUACUUCACACCUUCCUGUGAGUGACGAUCAUACACUUCUGCAAGCAGAACCGCUUCAUCGGAAAAGCACUUUGUUUCCAGAUUUGGACAAAGAGGAUCGAGCACAACGAAGGGAGCAUUAUGUAGGCUCAUUAAUAGCUACAGCUAUUGUCACUAUAUUUGGUGAUAAAGACGAUGUCACUCCCAAAAGAAGUUGUUUAACCGUGGCUCAUCAAAAAGCUAGAAACAUAAUGCAAUCAUUUGACAAUCCCUUUAGAAUGUUUUUACCAUCAAAAGAGAAUAAAAUUCAUUUUCCUGAAAGAGCGAAGUUUGAUCCAUCAUCUAAAAUAUAUGAAAUCAGCAACAGAUGGAAACUUUUGAGCAUAGAACAGUUGGAGAUUGAGGCCAAACAAAAGGAAAAUGCUAAAAAAGCAAGAGAAGCUCUAAAGAAAGUAAAAGAGGCACGGCAGAAAAAGGAGGAUGACUAUAGAUCAAGUUGCCAGGAAGUUCUUUCGGUUCGACAGCGGGCAGCAUUAACGGAAACAGUCCAGUUAAAUACAAAAAGAGAAAGAGGACAAAGUGAACAAGGUGGAGACAGUCCAAAGCCAGAGAAAAAGAAGCGACCUAAACCAUCCCAACAACAUGAUGUGCAAGAAGACUCAAAGCCAUUUACACCCUUCGACUAUAGCCAGUCUGAUUUUAAAGUUUUUUCUGGAGAUGAUGCUUCCAGAAAAUCAGACCAGUUUGAUCCUAACAAGCAGGCAGUAGGUGCCCAUUCUUUCAAGAAAGCUGCUUCAGGAAAGAAAAUUCAUCCACCCACAGGAAAUAAAAGCAUGUCGUACUUGCCUAGCAAAUCAGACAGAGGAUUUAAAUACAGCUGAUCUUCAAGAAGUGCAUCAUGAAGAGGAAAAGGAUUUGCCUUCAGUAGUCCAGCUACAGACUGAACAUUGAUGGAGGAACCUGACAGUACAUGUGUUUACAUGAGCUUGUUUUUUAAUAAAAAGUGGGGUUAAUUCA